CGGAUCCGAAUUCAUCAGCGCAUUGACGUGCGGUCUUCGCUAAUAACAUGUCCAACGUCACGAUUGGCUGGCACCUGCUCUUAGUGACAGCUUUAUUUGACGCCAUGGGCAGCAGCGAGUACAUGCCGAGCGCCUUGUACUCGGCGCUGCGGGACAAGCCGUUCCCGACGCUGUACGGCGAGAACAGGAACCCGGUGACGGCGGACGUGCUCGAGGCCGGGCUCAUCACCGCCUUCUGCAUAAUCACGCUAGCCUUUCUCCUCAUCAUACCCGGUGUCCGAGCUGGACAGAAGGCAAAUGUGCUGAUACGUACCCUCGUGAGCCUUUUCAUCGGGACUUUCAUUUUGUUGUGCAACUUCGGCCAGGAAUGGGAGUACUCGAGGAUCCACGCAACCACACCUUACAAGGCUUUCAGUCACGAAGAGUUGAACGCGGAGAUAGAAGUAAAGAUUGGCCUUCGAAGCGUCAACAUAACACUGAAGAACGAAACCAUCUACAGUGGAACUGACGGAGACCAGGUGAACUACAACGAGCGGUUUUCGUGGGAGUGGCAGCAGGGCAGGCAGGGGUUCGGUCCUCAAGCCGGUCAUUUCAAUCAGGAGUUCCGGGAGGCGCAGGUACGCGGUACCCCUCUGCCGAUUCUCUGGAUCGCCGAGUACUUCACGUUCGACGGCGAAGGCAUCCGUUUCGGCAGAAACUACCGCAUCGCCGGCUGGUACACGCACAUACUCCUCUGGACCGCGUUCCCGCUCUGGGUGAUCAGCAACCUGGUGUUCUUCAGCGUGCUGUGGUACGGCGCUUGCAUGCUCAUGCUGACCGGCGCGUGUCUCAUCGCCGGCACAGUGGUCUACGCCAGCGUGAGGAACUUCAACCCGCUCGAGAUUCCAUUCUACGACCACGACCACCUCGUCCAUAUCCGCAUGCACUACGGCUGGUGCUUCUGGAUGAACCUCGUCAACGGUCUGGUUUGCCUGGUCGUCGGUGUUGUGGUGCUGUUCAUGGAUCUGCGAUUCCCAGACGUCAUUGCGACCUUCUUCGACAUCGACAUCCUCCAGGACUACGAGGAGAUUUACAUCGUGCCUGUGGAGUUGGCGAAGGUCACGACGGAUGAAAAAAAUACAGCGGCGAGUGACACUGCCUUACUCUCGCCUAGCAACUCCGUGCCCGACUAUGGAACAGAUGGGCCAGACUACGAGACUGCCGCACUGCGCAAGCGCAGUGCCUACAACCGCUACCAGCGGGUUUCCGUCCGCAAGCCAGCUCCCGCACCACGAAGGCUUCCCAACGUGCCGGCGGCCGUGCAAGAGGAAGAGGAUGACGAGAACCCCAUCUACGAGAACACGUUGCAGGCCCCAGAAAGGUACGACGCAGGCUCCAAGGAGAACAUCCUCAUGGACACGCUCAAGCGUUAGACCCACGUGCACCCGGACAACUUCAUUCACGCUUUCAAGAAUGGCCAGGCGUCGUCGCAACGCAGCCCAUCGUUUGCACACGGCGGACUGCGAAGAAACGUCGAGAAGCAUUUCAUUCCAAGGCUCUACACGACUGGAAGCAAAACGUCCGUAAAAAGACGAAAUGUUUGUUCGUUUCUGUUAUCCGCCCUUUCAUUCGCAACAACAAUUUGUUAAUAAACUGCAUGUUCGAUAGCGCAAGCGCUUUA